AUGCUCAUUAAAGGAACACAACUCAAAAACAUCUUAGUUGAAAAGAAAAAAGGGUUAUUUGAAGGUAAAGAAUCUAUUAUUGAUGAAGCACUUAAACAAGCUGAAGUUAAUGAAAUUAAAAAAUCCAUUGACUUGAAUCUAGUUUUACAAGUAGUUCAUUCUUUAAGAAAUACUACUAAUCAAGUCUCUCCUUGUGAAGAACAAACAAACUCAAUCAUCUCAAAAGAUAUCAAAAAGGCAAUCAUGAGACUGACUGGGACUCAAUACUGUGAGGAGAUUAAAGACUUUAAUUGUUUUGUUGACAAAGAAACAUUCUUAACAGAAUUGGUUGAAAGAAAUAAUAUUUGUAUCUUGUGGAAAGAGGAAACUGGUGAAGUUUUUGGUGUUUAUAUUCAAGAUGAAAUUAGUGCAGAAGUGCCACUUGGUUUUGACAAUUAUGUCUUAUGGGUGAAAGGUGAAGAUGCUGACUUAAAAGUAUUACUUCUAAAUCAGAAAUUUGGUGUUGAUGCAACAAUCAGUUUUGUUGAUGAUGAUAACUGGAUCAAGAUAACAGGAAAGAAUGGUCUUAAUAUGGUGUUUUGUUCGAAUGGCACAAAUGAAUGCUCACUGUCUAACGUCCAGACUUCGUUUUAUAUUGAUGAAAACCAUCCAAUCUGUUCUCGCUCUUCAUUUAAAAUAUCUAACCUUUAUCUUCUUCAUCUUCACCACUAA